AGCCCGCGACGACAGUUUAAAUGCCAUCUGUCGUGGCAGCAGACGAAGAAUGUGGCCGCUACCGGCUCGAGGAGAGCGAUCGGCAUCUGGGUAUAAGGCUGUCGGAAUUGACCAGUGCGUCUGGGUUAAGUCUGAAGGGGUUAGGCUAUUGACAGAAGGAAGGCCAGUGCUAUAAUACCUGUAUACACACAGCCUCUCUGUUACCGCCUGUAACCUCGCAUAAUCACAUUUAUGUUUGUAGAGCGGAGAAAAGCGAACACGAUCGCUUCAAUGUGUCGUGAGCGGAGACGGGUGGGCCCCUGGAACUGCACUGGGCGCAGAAGCUUUUCAUGUAACGACACACCUUUGUCGCCGGUGUCAAUCGGGAAGGUAAAUUGAAACAAGGAUUGGAAUUUUCAAGUCGACGAUUGAGUGAAAGUUUGUUUCAAAAUGGAUGGGUUCGCACUCUGGCUGUUCACGGUGAUUGUGUUAGUUUACCAGCUGAGUUCUCUGAGAGACACCAGAUCCAACGGACCUUUUCGAUGGAUGCGGUGGGACAGUUACGACGAAAUUGACACAAAGUUUACGUCUGUUAAUUCCAAAAACUGCAUGACGAAGAUGAAAGAGGAUUUGAUGUUUCCGGACUCGACCGUGGCUCAAAAACCGCAAUUCAACCAACUGCCGACCCAACCUUGGUACCAGAAUCGGACGACGCUUAUCCAUAUGCACAAUAUGGCACUCAACAGGGCCUUCUUCUACAGUUUUAUUUUCCAAAAGUUGAACAAAACCGAGCAGUUUGCUUACCAGCCUGACUGGCAGUACUAUUACAUGAGCGCCACUGCUGACGUCAACGCUAACCCUAACAUGAUUAACGGAAGCGCCGUGUUUUUCGCAUUCAACUCUUCCUAUCCCAACUGGUUUGUCACACUGCCUUUCAACACAACUCUCGAGCUAUUUGCACCUAAAUCCUGGCGAUGGGAUGACUACGGUGAUCAAGAUAACUGGCUUAGAGAACCGACCAAAAGGGUAGCCAUGGUCAGGGACAUUGGGGCCGGGCUAGGCAGCAACUAUACUCAUGACGCGUUUAAAAUGAACCCGUGGUACACGGGUACCUCCACCGGGUUUAGGUGGCUUCCGGAUAAAGAUGCGAAAAUGGACACUGUCACGAAGUUUACAUACAGCGUGGGCAUAAAAUACUCCGAUGUCACAGGAACUUUCGUCGCAGACGAGUAUGAAGGUACGGCAUUCUUCGGACCCGCCUCACCUGGCGCUUUGGACAAAGACAUAGCCUUGCCCGUGCUUUUCACGAGACCCUAUUACGACUGUGGCCAGGCUAAUAAAUGGAUCGUCAGUGCGUAUUCUCCAAUAGUUGACUUCAUGCCCCGUUACAGCAAUUGGACACAUCUUAGGCGUGCCACGAUCACUGCUCUGGUUGUUAUAGACACUGAUUUUAACAAACUGGAUUUCAACGCAUGCCCAGUAGCUGUUGGUAAUCCUGGUCCGAGUUACCUGUCUGGGAUAGACAGGUGUAAAACGAAGACGACAAUGUGCAAGCAUAAGAUGGGCUUCGGCUUUAAGAGGGGUGGAUACGUGUGUAUAUGUCGCCCAGGCUACAGGUACCCGAUGUACGUCACCCCACCGUUUCAAGGCGUGGAUUUGGAACGAGCCACGGAGUAUGAAUACAACAACAGUUACCAGUGCGACUCUGUCGACUGGGCCCAGGUCCUUCCUAAUAUUGAAUACGACAGAGAUGUGCUGAUGGGACGAGUAUCAAGAAUCAAGCAAGCGUAUUUAACAGAUAUCGUGAAAACCCGAGGACUGAGAUCGAUCAACUUGACCGCAGAGGCUUUCGGACCUCAGCUGAAGUUUUCUCGCCGGUACAUGCCACGUCACUUUCGGGUUGGUCCCUCUCAUGAAACUACAACGGCGGUGUCUCAUUACGAGAUCGUCCACAGCCACCAGCUGAUGUAUCGCUUCAGCGAAGAAAAUGAUCGCGGAAAUCUGACUUGGUCAGUUUCUAGACGCGUGAGACGGAAACGAUCGCUGUUCGAUCAAACUAAACGCCAUCGGAUGGACAGAAUCUUUCGCAAGAAGAAAUCCGUCACGGCUGCGAACUGUGGCGGUCGUAGUGAAACAGAGUUACAGCUUCCGGGCGACGUCUCUUACGGCGUCGACGAGCAGUUUGAGGCCGAGGCACGUACCGCCUUGCGCCUUGCCCACUUCCUCUCUAACUAUCUUCAAAAUGUGAACUAUGGCGAGAACUUUGGCGAUAUCCGAAGCGGAGGACAUCUUCAUGUUGAUCAUAUGUUUGGAGAAGUCAUCGCUAACGUCAUGUCCAAUUACCGCCUGUGGUCCAGUGGGAUUUUCUUCGAAAGAAAUUCCUUCGAAAAUUCGGAUGGGUCGACACGCGAGUAUUUCGGGCCUUACGCUUUUCGAACAGUAAAAUCAACUUACGACGCUUUCGACUGGGCUGGGCUUAGGACACCUUACACAACGCAGGAUUGGUUUGUGUCUAUGAAGGACAGAUGGGAGACAAACUUUGAGGGUUUGGUUAAGUACAAAAUGAGACCCUACUUAAGAUCAGACGUGAAUGGAACGGGACAUAAGCGGUUUGAGUACUUUCCGAUGUCGUACAAAGCACCAGAGCUGAAACACGGUCGAUGGAGCCGGCCGUAUUUUAAGUGUGACGGCAUAACUGAUGACUGGGUCAUGACCUUCACUGUGCCUUUUUUCGGGAGAACGCAGUUAAGAGAUAGGCUGCAGUUCAGAGGGGUCAUCUCUGUGGACGUGAAGCUGGAUGACCUUGACAUAUAUCAGUGUCCUCAGCCCUUCUAUGUGGCCAACGCUUUCAAAAAUACGGCCCGAUGCGACGGACUCUCUACUGUGUGUGCCCAGAUUAAAGGGUUGAAGUUUAUCGGCGGAGGGUAUCGAUGUAACUGCGCACCGGGGUUCGAGUACCCUCACAGAGAUAAGAAGAUGUGGAUAGAGGGCCAGCUGCUUGAAAACGAGUAUGAGAAGCAGCAGAAAGGGCUGUUUAGCAGGUACGACGACCUCAAGUGCCGAGUUUCCAGUGCUCCUAUCCUCUACACCCAUUCAUUGCCGGUCCUCCUGCUGACAUCCGUUCUAUUUCGCAUUGCUGGCCGUUGAUGUAGUGGCACGAGGGCAAGGUCUGACUCAUGAAGUUGAACUACAGCAUCCGCUAAGCUUCUCUGAAAGAAGGAACAUUGCUAACAGGUCAUUUGUUUGUACAUUGGCUGUGGUGUGAUGUUGGCGCCGGGGGCAUGGGUGCAGUGAUGCUGCUGCGAUAUGAGCGAAACAUUGUGGUACUCGUACUGACGAAGUGGUAGGCCCUGUUGCGUGGUGGGGUGUUCAGUACGGUUUUCAAAUGGCUACCCUGGACAAGUAACCAGCUGUAUACCUGGCAGAGAAAUAAACGAAGUCAGUACACGUAUAGGAGCUUUGGUCAAAAUAUUAGACUACCUGUUCCAUUUUCUUUCAACAAAAAGUAGCAGGCUGCAGAUAGCUGGUAGCCAACUAUAAUGAACAGUUGUAUUAUUUCAGUAUUUGGGGAUUCGUUAUGGUGCAGCGGGGAAUAGGCUGGCUUCUACAUAUUCAAUUAUAUGUUCAACAACCUUUUUCGCUUAGGAGAAUUUCCACCAAAGAAGUCGUCAAACUCUUAAUAUAUGUAUAUAAUGUUAUGGAUAUCCAGUUUGCCGCAGUAUUGUUUGAGACAUAUCAAAUGGUGAUCGCAACGGAAAUGUCUAUAAAAGCAUUAAUGCUACGAGUACACUUGUAAUAAUAACUUAUGCGUGCCAUUUUUUCCCAUUUUCAUACCAAAUGCAUUCAUGUAUAUAAUAUAUCUGUCAACCUUACUUUACAGGUUUACUCUAGUACAUGGGCACACUUAGUAAGGUUUUCAUCGUACAAUCAGUGUUCACACUAAGACAUAAAAUAACGCCUUUUGUAUUGUUCUCAAAUAUUCUUCCCAUAAAAUUUCUAUUUAAUACUGGACUAACUUUAGCUUGGAAGAAAAAACCUGUGAAUGACAGCUGGAUAAUUAAUCGGAAAUAUGCGAAAAAUAAUAUUUUUAAAUAUCAUAUACUAAUUUUGAUACACAAAAUAAUUAAAUAAUAAAAGUGAUGUUAGUAGAAAUAUUAAACAUGUGCCGAGUCAUAAAUGCGAGAUGACUAUAAUUACCUGCGUGUACAUCGAAUUGACUUUAAGUGGUAGCAUUCUACUUGAUCUUUGUAUAGAUAGGACGCUGUAAUUGUGACGAUAAAAGGUAAUGUGAGAAUUCAAUACAAAACUAUUUGUUGGAGAAAGAAAUCCAUAAAGUAUGAAAUAUCAGAUUACCGAACAUGACUGUUCAUGCAUGACCACGUAUACCUUUUGUUCUGGCUUAAUUAAUACUUGUGGUGAGUUCCUGUCCCCAAAGAACAAAUACCACAAAAGUAUGAGAAAAAUCAUGAGAAGUACCACAGAUAAUUAUUUGAGACUAUACAUUGAACAAACGUCCAUCAGCACUGUUUAUAGUUAUGGCAUUCAACAGACCUCUUCAGAGAAAACCUUUGUAAAAAGUCGAUGUAACCUAUUGAUCUAUUACUGAUUACGGAUGAAUCCGUUAUAUAGAUGGAUGAAAAUGCAAUCUGUCAUGACUCAGAGAGCAGAGUUAACGGAAGAUUGUAUAAGGCUGUUGGAUGUGUCAGUAUUUGUUUGUGCAUCAAAUGCAUUCCGUGUCUGUUCUGCAGCUUAUUUCGUCCCCGAACUGAGGAGCUAUAAGGUCACAUUCCUGUCUCUCUGUCUGAUUGUUAUCUAUCGAGUUAUACUAAAAAGUUACCGGUACCAAGUUUGCCAGUUUCCAUGAAAUGUGGAGGGGAACGUGUCAAUGGUGUCACAGCGUUGUUUGAAACAAAACUGUAGACCCUGAUCAAGCGUCAGGAAAGGACCAGCAUCAGUUAAAAGAUUGUGCAAAUAACAUGACGUUUGGUCAUUUCUACACCUCUUGCUCAAAUUUUAAAACUGAAACACUGUCUAAUAAAACUGGGUUAAAGCUUCGCCUAUAACGCAUUUUGGAGACGUUAACUUUUUGUGACAGAUAUGGGACGGAUGUGUGACACAUGUGUG